CCGAUCCAUAACUCAUUGACCCGUGCAUGGUCUCAGUAAUCAAACCCUUAUUCUCAUAGCUCUUACCGCGUUCUUCACUCUGCCACCGCAAACCCUUCCUCACAGCACUCAUCGAUUCUUUUGGUGCCUUAUUUGUCUAUUCGGUUGAAGUUGAAUAAUAGAACAUUCCAUGGCUGAAGAAAUGAAAAUGGUAGAACCUGGAAGAGGUAAGAGGAAGUUUUUCAAAACGCAAGGCCAUAAAAAGUCAAGUAAGAAAGCAAAAGUGAUGCCACCACAACAUGGACAAAAGAAAGUUAAAAUAGACAAAAAAAUGAAGAAACUUUUCCGCAAGCGAGCACGGGAGUAUAAUUCUGAUGAUGAAGAAGAUGAUGAGGCCACUGUCCCUGCUACCUUAGAGCCUAAAAGUCUGGCAUCUAUCACCAAUAAAAGAAAUGACAAGGAUGGCAUAGAAAGUGAGGAUAGGUCUGAGGAUGAAGGAGCUGCUGGACCACAAAAAACAUGGAAUAAGAAUGCUACUGAUAUGAAUUAUCAUAGCUCUGAUGAUGAAGGGGAAGAUGAUGAUGAAAUUCAGCCAGGAAUUACAAAAUUCACGGAAGGAUGUAGAGCAUUCAAGAUGGCCUUUAGGAAUCUUAUGAAGAAGAGUGUUCCUGACGACAUGUUGGGUCCAAUAUUGUCAGGGCAAAGGAAACUUGUUGUAGAUAAACUUGCAGAAGAGGAAGCAGAACGCAAGGUCAAGGGAGAGGCCAAAAAGGAAAAGCAGAUGUUGGCAGAAAAGGGGCAUGUCAAACCUGCUACUUACUUGGAUUCACAUGAAAAGUUUUUAAUAAGUGUUGCUACAAAAGGAGUGGUCAAGCUGUUCAAUGCUGUCAAUAAGGCACAAACUGCUCAGAGGGGGCUGGACCCCUCAAGGACUAAAGAUGCAAAAGAGAUACGAAAACGGACGAAACAAGCCUUCUUUUCAGAGUUAGGGAAACCAUCAUUGCCUGCAAUUGGCACCACUACAAAGGCCAAGGAAAGCACUGAUCGGGUAGAAGAUGAACAACCUGCUUGGGCUCCAUUACGAGAUAACUAUAUGCUGACAAGUUCAAAACUAAAGGAUUGGGACAAAAUGCCUGAUAAAAAUGUAUCAGAUGACAUGGGAAAAACUUCUGAAGAUAGUAGUUCAGAUGAAGAUUAGUAUUUUAGAACUCAAGCAAGCAGAAUUGAGAUAUUCAUGGUUGGACAAUCUGUCAGAUUUUUAAUAUUGGUACUGUUCUAGUUAUUGGCAUAGGAGUAUCUUAUCCAUACAUUUUACUGCCAAUGGUGUACUAAUACGAGCAAUGAAUCAUUGGUAUGAAAUUUAAAAUAUUAGAGAUCUGUUUUUCCUAUUCCAUUUCUCUUCAAUAGGUUAGAAAAGAAUGGACUAGUGACGAAGUUGCACGCUGAUGGGCUAAAAUUUGGUAUGCAUCACCCAUUACUGAAUAACAUUUACUGAACAUGUUGAAUAA